AUGAAGCUCAGAUAUCUGUCUGAACAUUCCAAACUAAGUGAUAGUCCCUCUGAAGUGAGGAAUCACUGGAAUGAAUUUCUCAGAUGGAUGACAUCUGAGGUCUUCAAGCUGAAAGGCCUCUAUGAACAAGUCAGGAAUGACUAUCUCAGAGAAGCUGAGGAGAGGCUAGAGGCUCGUCUGGCCAGAGAAGCUGAAGAGAAAGCACGCCUAAAAGCUGAAGAAAAGGCAAGACUAGAAGCUGAAGAUAAAGCAAGAAAAGAAGUCAAAGAAAAGGCCGCUGAUGAGGUUGUUGCUACUGAAGUUGAAGCCAAAGCCAAGGCCGACGCUGAAGAAGCAACACACAUUGAUGCGGAAGAAGCUGCCAAACUAAUGGAAGUGGCUCUGACUCAUGGUGAGUCCUCCAACUCUGAUCUUGCUUCGUUGGUGCUCAAGACUCUGGAAGAACUCCAGAAGGAACAACAACUUAUGAGAGCCAUAAUAGAUCAACAAGACUCUGUCAACUCCAGCAUUCAGACUUUUUUGACUCAGUUGCUUCAGAGGAUGCCGCCUCCUCCAACCCCUUAG